GGGGACCUGCAGUUUGCUCGAGACUCUCGGUUUAUACGCAUCGUUUGUUAAGUUUACCCUAAACCUAUAAUUAUUACCAGUAGUGAACAGUUUUGUUAACAACAAAACUGCAUGUUACCAUUUGGAUAUAAGUUUAUAAUUUAUUCAAAAUGAUGACUAUAGACCAGCGGAAUAGUGUAAUCAAAGUGGAGGACCAUCCGGAUCGAUAUCCGUAUCCAGACAUAAAAGAAAAUCUGUCGACGGCGAAGCCGUUUGACCCGACAACGACGACUCGCGAAGAGCAGCACUGGUGGUGCGAGGGUGGUUACGGUGGUAACGAGAUUGAAAAAGAUAGGGGUACAGCAGUGGCGGCGAGUGAGCUGGCUUGCAUACAGGCCUACAUGGCGGGGUAUUUGAUGAAGGCAGGCGCCCCGACCGGAGGUUCUCAAUAUCAUCCACACAGCCAUCACGGCAUGGGAGUUGGUUCACACCCUCACCCACAUUCCCAUCCUCAUCCGGGUGCUCCUCAUCCCGGUUUGGGAUCGCCAUUUGCUCUUGCUACACAUGGACAUCCUCAUGGCCACCCACUUGAUCAUGGACUUGGUGCCUUUACUCAGGGUGUUACGCAAAGAAAACAAAGAAGAGAACGCACGACGUUCAGCAGAGCACAAUUAGAUGUUCUAGAAGGAUUAUUUACAAAAACAAGAUACCCAGAUAUAUUUAUGAGAGAAGAAGUCGCCAUGAAGAUAAGUCUGCCCGAAUCACGAGUGCAGGUUUGGUUUAAGAACCGCCGAGCAAAGUGUCGGCAGCAAUUGCAACAACAACAGCAGCAACAAGGCCAGCAGCAGCAACAGCAACAUCAGUCUCAAACAACACCAUCAAAGGCAUCCUCAAGAUCAAGCCAGCCGACGAAUCAGUGCACGAAUAAACCACAGGCACAGCCGGCAUCGAAUAAUAAUCAAACAACAGGAACGACGGGAGCAGGAGCUGUACAAAAUCGUCGUACAUCACCGGAAUCACCACCACGUGGCAAAGAAGCACCCGCUUCAAAUUCAUCACCCCUUAUGUCAACCAACGCAACGACAUAUCCACGAUUGGGUGCAACGCCAACUGGCGGAAGUGGUGCAAGCAGCGCACUAACAACACCGUCACCUCCAUUAACACCAGGCUCAAGUCAACUCCCACCAUCGUCAUAUCCACCACCAAUUAAUCAAAUUCAUCACAGUGACUACGGCUUCCCGUGGAGUUCAGCGUCGCCCGGUAACGCCGCCAGCCAGUGUUACGCCGCCGGACAGACGGCUUACAACAGCUAUCAGAAUCAUUAUGCAUCUGGUGAUUAUUAUCAAUCACAACUGUCUCACAUGCAUCACAGUCCUCAAAGUAAUUACCAUCACCACCAUCAUCAUUCCCAGUAUCAUCCCAACAUGUCUCUGACAUCUUCAAUGUCGCAUUUAGGUCAUCAUCAUUUGAAUGCAACCGCUAAUGAUAUGUCCGCCUCAUCGCCAGGUGACUCUUCAGAUACUUAUAUUUUACCGGAACAAAAAUACCAAGCGAUGGUCUAGCGCACAAACCAAUUGAUUGCGUCGGAUGUUGUUUUUCAUCGUAAUCAUCAAUCACCAAUCGUUAGCACCAAUGAUGAUGAUGGUAACGAUGAUUAAAUUUUGUACAUUUCAAAUUAUAGUUCCGUUAUUGAAUUUCGUAGUUUAAAAAAUUGUAAUUAAUUAUCGAUAAGUACGUUGUUUAAUUGUAUGAGUCGACAUUUAAUUUAUUUGGAAAAUUAAUUAUUAUAUUACAUAUAAUAACUAAUUUUUUUUAUCACCUGCGUUGAAACUCUGAGGUUAAGUGUCUUUAGCCAGUCGAAAUGAACCAAUCGCAGAAAUCGAUCAGUUUCUGCUCGUUAAAUUAGCUUAUAACUAUUUCAUCUCUGCCAUCGUGGCGCUGGUUCGUUAUAGGCUUUUAAAUAUUUGUCAUUCUAACAAUGACUAGAACUGACAGUAGUGGUUGGAAAAUUUUUUAAGUUAUUUCAGUUCCGUUAAAAAAAUUUUGAAAUUAAUAUAAAGUCAUUAAUUUCUAUGUCAAAUUUGAUUACUCUCUAAAAGUGAAGAAGUGAAUCUGCAAUAAUUUUCAUAAAUUCAAAUUUAGGGAGUAUUAUAUUUUUCCCGCGCUACCACUUUUUUGAAUAGGUGGAGCACUGUCACUCUAAACUAGCAAAUCACUAAUUUUGUUCUAGAGAAUAUACAAGAUAAAAAUUUUAGAGAACCGCAGUAUGAUUUUUUUGCCACGCUACCAGUCUGAAAUUCGUCUAUUUCGACUGGCUCUAGAUUUAAAAACUCUCUGUUUUAAUGCAGGUGAUAUGAAAAUUAUAUUGCGUGUCAAGGAAUUAAACACGAUGUGAACUCAUUGUUUCAUCUCUUGUCACGCAAUAUACUAUUGUUUAAGCGAAAUGAUCUCGUUAAGAAAAAAGGAAAAACAACAUUAUUAUCUAAAGUGAUUUAGAUUUCGGAUUUGGAUUCGGAUUAACCGAUCGUUUUACUGGUUUAAUUAACUUGCAUUGUACAGGAUCAUCGCUUUUCCCGUCGUGUCAUAUGCGGAGUUAAUUGUCGUGUAAAAAUCUGCUUGCAUUAUAAAAGUUGAACAAUUUUGAUUUUUUUUUUUUUUUUUUUUUUCAUCAAUUAUCUAAUGAUUUUUUUUUUUAUUCAUGGUCAUUGUUUAGUCUGCCACAAAAGGCCGGAUUCUGCAUCAAAAUCCGUAUUGUUUUUUUUUUUUUUUUAAAUUUGUUAAUAUAAUUAUAAUGCUAAGAUUUUUUGUGUUUAAGCACAAAAUCUUGUAAUUUUUGUGUUGUUAUUAUGUUAUAUAGAUAAACUACGAUAGAUUCAUAUCAAAGAGGAUCAGUAGGAGAAAUUGUAAAUAUUUAUAGUAAUUAGUAUGAAUGAUAGUAAAUUAAGAUUAAUCAUAUGAUCCGUGUAAGAUUUACUAAAUUGGUUUAAUUGCUGAUUAACCUAUAUGUAUAUAAUUAUAUAUCUAUAGGCGUGGGUGAAGUGAAACAAAACUGUGGAGCAAAAGAGGACAUCAUUUUUUAAUAAAAAAAAUUUUUUCCUAAAUUUUUAUAUAUAUGUCUCUAGAAAAAGUAUGAGAAAAAGCGGUCACAGUUUUAAAUUUUGAUCAAAAAAAUUUUUUGUGUUGACUAAAAUUUAAAAUAAAAAAAUAUUAAUGCCUGUAAAAAAAAAAAUAUACAAAAUUUGAAUUUAAUUAUAAAAAUUAUGGAAAAUAAAUAAAUAUCAAUUUCACGUUACAGCUGAGUCAUAAAAUCCCUGUACAGAAUUCUGUUAUAAAUUUAUAAAAAAAAUCCAUUUUACUCCCAAGUUAAAUUUUCGCUGAUUAAUAAUUUAAUAGCUUAGAUAAUUAACACGAGAAAUUUUUUUUUGGUCACAAUCAGAAAUUUUCGUACUAAAAGUAACCAACUUCAUAUUUUUUGUAGAAAUUUUAUGUAAACAUUUACGAAAAUAAAAAUUAUGUUUUUGUUAAAAAAUGUCCCAUUUCGCCCCGUUGGCUUAUUUCGUUCCACCUUCUACACGAGAAAUUAUUCUCUUCAAAUUCUAUGGUCUCUUAGUAAAGUCGGACCAUGUUGGCCACCUGCAAAAAUUGAGAUAAACACAGCGAAAAUUACUAUGGCCACAGUAAAAUAGACGACGAUUAUAUCCCAAAUUAUUGUAACCACUGUCAAUUUUACUCUGGCCACGUAAUUGUCGCUGUGUUUAUUUCAAUUUCUACCAGAUGGCCACAUGGUCCAGCUCUACCAUGACACCACAGUAUUUCAAACAACAUUAAUUUCUCCGUGUAUAUAUAUAAGUUUAAAUCGUUGACCGCAAAGUAAUAAUCAAGGAUAAUAUCAAAAUAUUAAUUAUAAUAUAUAUACAAUAUUAUAUGUAUAUUAAAUUUAAUUAAUUGAUAAUUCAAAUACGCAAGCUCUUGAUUAUUACUGUAAGCAUAUACUCUCGUGAUUAUUCUGUGGAAUAGACUGUAAACUAUUAACUUGAGAUAAUUGAUUAAUUAAUACCCAGAUUAUCAGUAAUAUUACAUAUAAGAUACUUAGUCUAUUAAAUCGGGAAAGAGAUAAACUAUAAAUAUAAAUAAAUAAAAUGCAGUAUAUUAGUACGUAUUAUGGUAAUCGUCAUGUAUAUUUUAUGUAUACAUCUAAUAAAUAAUAAUCGAAUUAAAUAAUCAAUACUAAAUCACGUAAUUGAUUAGUUAAUGAGUUAAUUGUACUUAAUUAUUAUUGUUUAAGCGAUAAAAGAUAUGACUUAAUUGUAAUCAAACAGUUACUGUACGUAACUCUGCAGAGGAGUUAAGAACUUUGUAAUAAAAGUAAAUUUAAUAAUAAUUAAUGUAAUGCUGUCGUACGUAUAAAUAUUUAUGCAAAUGUAAAUAGUAGUUAUUAAUAUACAUAUAUAAAUAUAUAUUAUAUAUAAAUGUACUAUAUAUUAAGCCGAUAGAUAUUCUGUCGCAAAAUCUUCCUACGGUAAAAUAAAGAAAACUCGAAACUUGA